UAGAAUGCGCCAUUUCUUCUCGAGAGUGGAUGACAAAACGUUAAAUUAGAUUACGAACGUCAUAAAAAUAUAAUUUUUUAAAGUUAAAAUGUCAAGAAACAAGGAAAAGAAGGACGCAGGCUCCGCUUUCCGAAAAAUAGAUGUAGAUCAAUAUAACGAAAACAAUUUUAAAGAGGAGGAACCAGAUGCUGGUCCAACUGGGCCCGAUGAACAUGAAAUUCAGACAUUACUUAAUCAAGGGAAAAAUGCAGAAGCGUUGGCAUAUGUAUUGGCUACGGCUCCUCUUGGUUGUAAGAAUCAACUGGUUAAGGACAGUGCCAGAAACCUGACGCAAAAAGUACUUUUAAGCAUCAAAUCAAAUCAGAUGGAUGAAUGUUUAGUGCAACUAGAUCGAGAUUUAAUAGAUGUUCUCAUGAAAUAUAUUUACCGUGGCUUUGAAAUUCCAAUAGAAGGCAGUAGCGCACAUUUACUGAUUUGGCAUGAAAAGGUUUAUAAUAUCGCUGGACUGGGCAGUAUCGUUCGAGUGCUCUCCGAUAGUAAACGAGCUUAAUCUGAAAGGAUAACAUAUUGUGAUAAUGAACUUUUACCAACUUUGUACCAUUUUCAGAAUUAGUGACGUACAAAUGAAAAAAUGUUAGUAGACAGGUCAAAUAAUACGAAAAAGAAACAUAAAUAUGUUGCUAUAAAAAAAGUGAUUAACAUUAUUUUUAUUUCUUCUGAUUAUAAUUAAAUAUGUUGGGAUUACUUUACAUUUCGUAUACAGUCUAUUGAAAAACAUUGCAAGUUGCCGCUAUAUUAAGAUGAUCGAUAACAUACUUAGAUUGUUUUAAAUGCUAUCAUUUUAACAAGUAAUCAAUGAUCACACAUUGAGAAUUUUCUUCUAUUAAAAGAGGAAACAACAGCUGUAUUUAAAUUUCCCGUUCCUUUCAUUUUGUACAGUUCACUACUUACAGUAAUUUUUUAUCAUUCUUUCUAAUAAGACUUAUACAAUGUAUACAAUAAUAAAGAUAAUAUGAUUUCAGUAUAA